GCAGGUGUUUUGCACACAGUUUGAAUUGGAGAAGGUGAAGGGACGCAGGGCGGCCUUCGCUCCUACCUUCUGCUGCUACUAUCCUGCCUUAUAAUCUCACUUUCUCUUUAGUUGUGAAAGUGACCUGGUGAGAUGGAUGUUGCUGAAGAAUCAAAGUGUUGGGAGUUAAGUAAGGAGAAUAUUCAGCCUUUGAGACAAGGAAGGAAAGAGACGGUUCUAUCUGUAGCCCUUGAUGAAAGUGCUUCACAGGCGCUAAAUAUUACUAGACAUGCAUUUGAAGAGGAGCUCCGCACAUAUUCAGGGGAUGAUCCCCUGGAUGUAUGGUAUCGCUAUUGUCUCUGGACUGAGCAGAACUAUCCUAAGGGUGGGAAGGAAGGUAAUAUAAUUAAAAUAGUUCACAUGUGCUUGAAAGACAUUCACGCCAGCGAUGAAAAACGAGAAAAAUACAAAAAUGAUCCACGUAUGUUGGAUAUCUGGAUUAAAUGUGCAAAUGUAAGUGCAUCACCAAUUGAAUGCUACCAGACUUUAGAAGCUAAAGGGCUAUUCACUUCACUUGCUGAAUUUUACAUCAGUUGGUCUUGGGAGAUUGAAAAGAUUGGAAAUUACAAACGAGCUGACAAUAUCUAUCAAAAGGGUAUUCAGCUUGGUGCAAAACCUGCUGAUGUUCUUCAUGAAGCUCACAAAAAAUUCCAAAUGCGAGUGGCUAGAUCAACUAUGGAGGGAAUGCUUGAAGGCAAUGAAUUGAAUACAGAACCACAUCGAGCAGUACUUACCUCUCUCAAGCCUCAAGGUCGCAACAAUCGUGUUGGCUAUGAACGUGUGGGAUCAUCUGUGCUUGGGCCUGCAGGACGUAUUUCCCAAGAUCAGCCAAUAAAGAAUGCCGGAGGUCCUGCAUUUUCAAUAUUCCAAGAUUCAAACACAUCUACUGGCCAUCAUCAUGAUAGCAGAAUUGAUGACAAAGGUGGUGUACUUCCUAUAGAAGCCACAAUAAACCAAGAAAAUGUAAAAAAACCUGGUUUAUGGACUAAAAACAAAGUUCAACAGAAAGCUAUUAAAGUUGUACCUGUGGAAGACCUCAAUAAAUACAACAAACCUGCAUUCUCUCUUCAUAAGGAUGAAACUGCAUUGCAGUAUGUAGUAGCUACACCAGCAAAACUCCCACAAACAAGCAAUGUUUUAUCAAUUCGCAACAAUGAAUUUAAAGACUGGAAUGUUGCAUUGUUCAUUCCAGAGCCAUUUGACCCAAAUGUGCAACCACAAUAUUGUAAACACAAGGUUUAUUGUGGAACCGAAGAAUUUAGUUUUGAGGAGUUAAAAGCUGCAAACUACUUCAAAAUACAAAGAGAGAAAGAGAAAGUAAAAUAUGAUGAGCUAAUUCUGAUGCGUGAAAGGAUCAAAGAACAAGACAGGAUGAUAAAACAGUUACUGCAAGGAUGUAGCCAGCAGAAACAUGCUCAAGCAACACAGAUGAGACAAAUGCCAGAGUUAGUGGUGAACUCGCCAGAAACUCACAUGAAGUGCUUACUUAAGAAACGGAAGCGAGAGCAAAAUGUUGAGAAUACGAGCCAUAGUAUUUACCAAGACAGCUGGAUUGCCAUUAACAAAUCGGUUAAUGCCUCUGCUAAUGCUUCACAUUUCUUGGAUGAAAGCAGUACAAGUGCAUUGCUUCAGUGUCAACCAGCCACAGCCGGUGUAGGCAAUAAGGAUUCGUCUAUUACAAAUAUCUUGACUCCAGUCUCAUAUGGUGUCAGUUCAGCAGGUCAGGAUAAUUCAAACCUCAGCAGCGGUGGCAAUUCUCGUGUUUUAAAUGUGACUGAAACCACUGUUAAUACAAAACUGGCCAUGAACAUGAUAAAUGACAUGUGGUCUACAAGCUUGUUUCAUGGAGAUUUACAGCAGGAUACUUGUGGUUCAGGUAUAGAGUCUGAGAUUAAUACUGAACCAAUAGGUGACAAAAUUCCUCCUUUUACUAUAUAUCAGGAUGGCAAUAAUGGCCAAGGUAAUGUAAAGCCUUCACAGCCAUUUGCUGUAUUUGAAGAUAUGAAGGAUACAGAUGAUAACACUGAUUGUAAAGCCUUGGACCCCAAUGAUCAGUACAUGGAAGAUCAAGAUGAAAACAGACCACCUCCAGGACUGGUCCAGCAACAGGAGCAUCGACAGAUCACAGGCAUCCUUCAACCUUCAGCAAACAUUCCUAUCCUACCCCUAGAUCAGUGUCCACAGGAAGAUAUGGAAAUAAACAAAAAAGAUUCAAAGUGUGGAUUUAGUGGAGCCAACGGAGUCUCUGAUAACGAUGAUAUUGAAGGCAUUGUUCCCCUGGAUGGUUUAAGCAUGGCAGAUUUCACCAUGAAAAUACCAAACAAUGAAGAUGCUUUUGCGAAGAUGGCAAAUGUAGCCUCAACUCCCAGCCCUUGGACACUUGUUAAGGUUCCACAAGCCACAGUCAUUGGAGAAGAUUUUACAAUGGCUGUCAUGAAAGCAUUCAACCACUUCCCUCUCAUAGAAGAUGAUGAGAAAAUUGAUGAAAAUGAAGUAAAGAAAAAAGAGAGUGAAGAUCUAAUGCCUCCUCCAACAAUACAGCCACCUCCUGUGCUCUCUCCAUGUCCUGCAAUAAAGACUGGACUUUCUCCUAUUAUGGAAGCAUCAAGAGAAUACAGGUCAUCGUCCUCAAGUAGUUCGGGAUAUUCUACUACAUCAACAACACUUGGUGGACAUUCUGUACAUGGACUUACGCAACAUGGCGGAUUCUCCAUUAGCACUCAGAUGUCUCGCUCUCGCCAUUACUCCAACUCUCAACCUGAAUAUACACUUGAAAGUGCCACUGCUCAGACAGACUUCACCAAAUCUGGAUAUUUUGCUGACAAAUCCAGAGGAGAGAGCUUGGCUGACUCAAGAACUGACAUUUUAGCAUCACAGAAUCCUGUUCGGGAAGAAGAAAAAGACUAUUUCAUGUUUGAUCCCCAGCAGGCAGCAGCUAUGUUAAUGGAUAUGGAUGACAUGAUGCCAGCUUCAUUGGCUGAAUCUACUAGAUUGGAGAGUAAAGGAAGUGUGAUUUUAACAAUGAAUGAAAAAACCAACCUUCAAGACAAAAUAAAUCCCUUUGCUGACGAAGUAUUGCAGUGUGUUCUCUCAAGUUUGAAGGACCCUGUUGAAACACGUAGUGGCUUUGUGACCCUUCAGGGAAAUCUUCCAGUAAUAAAGCCCAAUUUUCAGAUUGCUUUAGGGAGCGAGAUGUUCCAUGUUCGUCGCAUUCGAGGUGAGGGAGCAUAUGCAAAAGUGUUCCAGGCAUCAACAAUGGACCCAAUGAAUGUCACAAUAUUACCUACUGAUGAUGAUUUUGAAGAUGAAAAUGAUGAGCAUCAGAUGAUCCUGAAGGUGCAGAAACCAGCAUGCCCCUGGGAGUUUUACAUCUGUCACGAACUAAGAAAUCGCCUGAAAUCGUGUGCUUAUACAGCAAACAUGCUCGAUUCUGUGAUGAGAAUAAACAGGGGAUAUUUCUUCACCAAUGGUUCCAUUCUUGUGAAUCAGUAUCAUAAGUAUGGAACUCUGUUGGAUGUUGUUAAUGGUUAUAAGACUGCAGGGAAGUCCAUACCCGAGGAAAUUGCAAUGUACUUUAUUAUAGAAGUAUUGUCAGUCCUGGAAGCACUGCAUAGCUGUAGCAUCAUACAUGCAGAUGUAAAACCUGACAAUUUCCUUAUUCGGGAAAUUCCAAAGAUCAACAAAAGUGCCACUACGCCAGCCGAGAUGUUUGCAGAGUGUCCUGUCUCGCUUAAGCUUAUUGAUUUUGGAAGAAGUAUUGACAUGAAGAGAUUUCCUCAAGGAACAACUUUUACAGAGAAGGUGACAACAGAGGGAUUUACAUGCUGUGAAAUGAGAGAUGGUCAGCCAUGGACUUACCAGACAGAUUUAUAUGGAGUUGCUGCAAUAGCUCAUUGUUUACUGUUUGGGAAUUACAUGGAAAUUGUGAAACUGCCCAAUAGUAAAUGGAACAUCAAGAAUCCUGUUUUUAAAAGGUAUUGGCAGAAAGACCUAUGGCAAAUGUUGUUUUCCACACUUUUGAAUGUGCCUUCCUGUUCUGCAAUUCCCAGCCUUACCCAGUUGAAAGAGAAGUUUAUGGAAACAUUUUUCAAGACUGAACAACAAAAAGAAAUUAAUGUCAAGUUCAACACACUCCUGUGUAUUGUGACUCAACGUCGAUGAGUCUGUUUACAGUGUUUAUUUUUUUUAGUGUGAAUGUCGGUUUCCCUUUGCAACUUGUUUACUGGAAUACCAAAGGUGAUAUUUUAUUAGUCAAAAUAUUAAGUGCCUCAAAUAAUGUAAAAUCUGUUUAAACGUGUAAAUGAUAAUUUGGUAUUUCAGGCUGCAAUGUCAAUCAAAUCACUUUGAGGUUACUGGAUCAUACCUGGAGAGGGUUUCGGGAUUUCGUCCCAAGCCUAUCCCCCAGGCCCUGGAGGCCCUUACACAGUAAUAGUUCUGAAGUGAAGUAACUAGUAACGAUGUAAUAUUUCUUUAUAUAUAUAUAUAUAUAUAUAUAUAUAUAUAUAUAUAUAUAUUAAACUACAUGCUGUAGAUUGUUCCCAAUAUGAAAGGAAUCUUGAUAUUUUCCAUAAUAAAAUCAUGCAAGAAGAGAACUUAAAUACUUUAUUUUUUGUAUCAAAAGUGGUGGUGUAAAGAUAGUUUUGUGGAUCAUUUAACUGAAUAGUUUGAAUUUUAAUGUUUUGUCAUAUAUUGGUGUAUUUGUACAUUUAACCAUUGAUGCAUGUUUGGCAAGUGUUAAUUUAAAAUGUUGUGAACAAACACUUGAAAAGCUGUGUGUUUUGAAUGCUUGUUUUUUUUAUAGGUGUAUUUUUUCAGUUUGUUUUUAACAAACAUUAGAAGUAGGCCUUCCUGAUCUGUUUUAAUGAAACAAUAAAGUACAAAGUAA